CUUUUCUCAACUAGCAGGCAACCAAAACCCCGGCAUCUCUUCUUCUCCCUCUUUGCGAUUGUUUUUGUUCCAAUCUCAUACCGUGUAUAGAGCAAAACUACCUCUCUCGCAUCACUGUGUCGGCGUGUUGAUAGUUUAUUUGUUCGUUAGGUGUGAAGGUUGGUGAAAUGGCGUCAGUUCCUGGACAAUUGAUUUGGGAGAUCGUGAAGAAGAACAAUUGUUUCUUGGUGAAGCAGUUCGGGAGGGGCAACGCAAGCGUCCAGUUCAGCAAGGAGACCAACAAUCUAUACAAUCUCAAUUCGUACAAGCACUCUGGUUUGGCCAAUCGUAAGACAGUAAGCAUUCAGCCAGGAGACAAGGAUCUCUCUGUGGUGCUUGCAACUACAAAAACCAAGAAGCAAAACAAGCCUGUCAAUGCAGUUAACAAGUCGGUCAUGAGGAAGGAGUUCCCUAGGAUGGCCAAGGCCGUUGUCAACCAGGUUGCAGAUAACUACUACAGGCCAGAUUUAAAGAAGGCAGCCUUGGCAAGACUUAGUGUUGUUCACAGGAGCCUUAAGGUUGCUAAAUCUGGUUCCAAGAAGAGAAACAGACAGGCUACCAGGAUCUGUGGUAGGAAGUGAAAUGGUUUUUCACAGUGUUCUUAAAGUUUGUGAGACAGUGAAUCUUAGUUAUUUUAAAUCUUUUUGUGUUGGAAACUAGCUCUAUUCACAGGAGAAGGGUGCUAAACCUAAAUUUUGGUUAUUUGUUUUACAUCCCUGAUUUGCUAUUGCAUGCAGAAGUUUAAUUGUCCCAUGA